CUCCCUCAAUCAUCAUGGCCACCAAUGACUUUCUCACCAUGGAGACAGGUGUUCUCCCUGACCACCGAUCAGCUCAGUGGUUUGUUGCUGUGAUGUUACCUAACCAUGGUGUCACCACUGGAGGACUAAGAGAUUUGGGUUCAUUUGAGAUGGUGAUCUCAGAGCUGCCACUCUUGGGGUCUUGAUCCUGCAGGCUGGGGGUUUUAAAUACAAGCUGGGCUACAGCUUCUCAGAACAUGGCGCCAGCGCCGGAGUAGGAAUCAACAAAGUCAUCACUAGAGAAGAUGAAGAGAUUUACCACAAACCUGGAACAUGGCAGAGCCAAGGUGGCCAGCCUAGAGAUGUCCCUCACUGAAGAACACUGAGAGAGGGAGAUGGAGAGGAGACAGGAGAAUAAAAAGGCAGAGAAAGAGAGAUGCAGAGAAUUGUAGAAUUGUUCAACUCCUUCCAAAGAAGCUGAGAGACGACUGAAGUUCAGAGACAACUAUGUUAAUGUGCUGGAGCAGAAUGGCAGUCAGUUGUGGACAGCCUGGCAUGUUGAGGAGGCAUAUUGUGGACAGCCUGGUGUGUUUGCCUGUUGAAACCCAUUCAGUGUCAUGGGGAAGCAGAACAGCAAGCUUCGUCCUGAGGUCAUCCAGGACCUGGUGGAGAGCACAGAGUUCACUGAGCAUGAGAUCCAGGAGUGGUACAAGGGCUUUCUGAGGGACUGCCCAAGCGGAGCGCUCUCCAUGGAUGAGUUCAAGAAGAUCUACGGCAAUUUCUUCCCGUAUGGAGACGCAUCCAAGUUUGCUGAGCAUGUCUUCCGGACCUUCGAUGCCAAUGGAGAUGGGACAAUAGACUUCAGGGAGUUCAUUAUAGCACUGAGCAUUACAUCUCGUGGGCGGCUGGACCAGAAACUCAAGUGGGCCUUCAGCAUGUAUGACCUGGACGGCAAUGGUUACAUUAGCAAGGCUGAAAUGCUGGAGAUCGUGCAGGCCAUCUAUAAGAUGGUGUCCUCUGUCAUGAAGAUGCCAGAGGACGAAUCCACGCCUGAGAAACGCACAGAGAAGAUCUUCCGGCAGAUGGAUACAAAUCGUGAUGGUAAGCUGUCACUGGAGGAGUUUGUGGAAGGAGCAAAGAAUGACCCAUCCAUAGUGCGACUCCUGCAGUGCGAUCCCAGCAGCGCUGGCCAGUAAAGGAGAAUGGUGCCCCCUGCUGUCAUGACCUUGUUAAAACAGGUUUCGCCUUUUAAGUUCACAUCAGAUCAGCUCCCCAAUCCUCAGAGGCAAAACCUCUGACCAUUCUGGGGAACAGGUCUGGUGCUUUAAUGACUGAGAGAAGCAUACACAGACACACUGUUCUGUGUAGGUGUGUGUACACAUCUGUUGCAACACAAAUCUACUCACACACCCACCCAUAGGCUCACUGACUCAAUCCAGAAUAAAAAGGAAAAACAAAACAAAACAGCAGUACCAACAACAACAAAAAAAAAAAACAUAUAUGUGUGUAUAUGUCUCUCAUGGCUUGUAUGGACUCUCUCUCCUGGGACUUUUAUAAAAGAAGAGCCUUAUAUGAUGUAGACACACUGGGCCAGUGAAUACCUUACUCCAUAUCAUCCAAAAUAAAUAAUGAAAUAAUGAUCAUAAGAAGAAAAUUAUGAAGAAAUGCACAGAACAUAUACCAUAAUUAGGCUACACAUGCUUACAAAUCUCAUGGAAACAUCUGUUGGAAACAUUACUGUCUACUUAAUCCACUAGAAUUAGCAGUAAGACUGUUGAAAAUGAAUAGAUUUAUUUGCGUCUUGGGAUGAUCUGAUCUUCUGACGUGUACCAUUCCUUCUUCUCCUGCAAUUCCUCCUCAUGUAGGAGGUACAAGAUGGAGAACUUACAAAAAUGUAUUUAUUCUGUUACUUGGUGAUAGCUUUGUGGCAUAUUUGUCACUCUGUGAAAAAUGUUUUAUUUGAUAUGUUUUUUCCUUUCAGUACAAACCUAAUAAUUAAAUGUAUAAUAUGUUCAUAUUUAAGUAGAUCUAUUGAGGCUGAGAAAAGUGAACACCACAUAUUUUGCUAUGCCCAUGAUUUUUAGAAACUCACCCAGCCAAUAGAGUCCCUUCAGAAACUCACCCAGCCAAUAGAGUCCCUUUAGAAACUCACCCAGCCAAUAGAGUCCCUUUUCAGAUGCAGGUAAACAUACCGCCUUCCCCAGCAACCGUGCACUGCCACUGUUGUAAAUAGCAGCAACAGACAGCUCUGUGUAUGGUCAGUCCAGACUGAUUGUUUGUGUAUCUGUGCAUGCAGCUGAAUCUUUUUGUGAUUUAUAUACCACACAGUGUUCUUUACUCUGUGAGAUUUCAAUUCUGUCAAUCUUCUGCAGUCACCAAGUGUGAAUCAGAAAACAAAAUGUCCAGUUUGUUGGAAUAUCCUACAUCAGGCCAGGAAUUAUUUAACUGACUGAAUCUUUGUGUCAGGUGACCGUGAUUGCGUUUGUGUCUACGUGCUUUAACCUGUGUGCAUAUGUGGGUUUCAUUAUAUGCUGUCUAAUUGAAAGAUUCCAUAUCUGUGGAUACACCUGGAUCAGCACCAGGUGUGCCAUAGCAGUGCUGUCAGACAUGUGGUAUGAUAAAGGAGGAUCAUUGUAUAAAGGUGAUGUAAAUGAUAGUUAUCAGUUAAUGUAAAUUUAUGUACAGGAACGCAAGCUCCUGGCUAGCAGAGUCUUCAGCUAAAGAGAGUAGCAGACAAAGAUACACAUUCUAAUAACUCCCAGUAAUACAACAAAUACAAAAAAACAUUUCAAUCUAAAAAAAAAAUGAAAGUGAACACAAACACAGACACACAUUUUAGCCAACAGACACCCUUUCAGAACUGCUGUUACUAGGUUUGUGUAAAGUAAUUGCAGGUUUGAAACCUCCAUCAGCAAUGACUUUGAUGAGAAACUGUAUGCAAAUGUUGAGUUUUGAAGAGAAAAAAGUGCAUUUUCAGAAUUUAAAAGUGUGAAAUUUUAGAGCUUUAAAAAAACUAAAACAUGAAGAAUCUAUUUAAAUUUUUGUGGCAUUUUUUUGUUUGUUUUGCAACUGCAGUGUAUGAAUUGUACACAACAGCAACAAGUUGUUAAGUGCCAAAUUCACAGAUUAUUAACUGUAAAAUGCAAGACAGUAUUGUAUCAGUUUAUAUUGUAUAAAUGUUAACUACUGAACAAAAUGUCUUUGUCAUAGUUUCUACAAAGGCUACAGUAUUGUUUUGGUUAUAAAUUAAAAGUCUUACAAAUA